AUGUCUGACGACAAGUUUUUCAACGAAAACACCCUCACUACAGUGCAGGCAUUGUGGGACAAUCUCAGCUACCCGAAGAGCGAGGAUCAUGCACCCGAGCUCUUGAAGGAGGAAGAAGAGAUUCUCGAGUUCUACAAGGGCUGGGCAAGAUGUCUGAACCAAGAGUUCAACAAUGAUUCUGAGAGCGGCAAGCCGUUCUACGAGAUUGACCAGGUCGUCACCUUCGACCUGUUUGGAUUCACCGGCCGCGGAGACUUCAAAGAGCACUUUGAGAAGACCUUCCCAUACUUCUCCAAUGCGACGGUCGAUUUCAAGGAUCUCGAGCUGUUUGCGACAUCAAAAACCUCGGGGUAUUCGACAAUGGUCCAGCGGCUCCGUGGAAAGUCGAAAGACGGCAAAGCCUUCCAGAUGAUCUACCGUGUUACCGGCCUUUUGAGUAAGAAGAAUGGAAGAUGGCAGUGGGUCCAUGAGCAUGUCUCGUUCCCAGUGAAUAUGGCCACCAAGGAGGCAGAUUUCACAUCGUCAAUUGAUCCGAAAGCGGCGUUUCAUUUCUAA